AUGUCUGUGCCUUUACUCAAGAUUGGAGUCGUCCUCAGCACCAUGGCCAUGAUCACCAACUGGAUGUCGCAGACGCUGCCCUCCCUCGUGGGGCUCAACACCACCAAACUCACGGCGGCCACGGGCGGCACCUUGGACCGCAGCACGGGAGUGUUGCCAACCAACCCAGAGGAAAGCUGGCAGGUCUACAGCUCUGCCCAGGAUAGCGAGGGGCGUUGUAUAUGCACAGUGGUGGCACCUCAACAGACGAUGUGCUCGCGUGAUGCCAGGACAAAGCAGCUGAGACAACUAUUAGAAAAGGUGCAAAACAUGUCCCAGUCGAUAGAGGUGUUGGAUAGGCGAACUCAACGAGACCUACAGUAUGUGGAGAAGAUGGAAAACCAGAUGAGGGGACUGGAAACAAAAUUUAAGCAAGUGGAAGAAAGCCACAAGCAGCACCUGGCAAGGCAGUUUAAGGCAAUAAAAGCGAAAAUGGAGGAACUUAGGCCUUUGAUACCAGUGUUGGAAGAGUACAAAGCCGAUGCAAAAUUGGUAUUGCAGUUUAAAGAGGAGGUCCAGAAUCUGACGUCAGUUCUAAACGAACUCCAGGAAGAGAUUGGCGCCUAUGACUACGAAGAGCUUCAGAACAGAGUGUCAAAUCUUGAAGAAAGGCUUCGUGCAUGCAUGCAAAAAUUAGCUUGUGGCAAGCUGACAGGAAUCAGUGACCCCAUCACAAUUAAAACCUCGGGGUCCAGGUUUGGCUCAUGGAUGACAGACCCUCUUGCUCCUGAGGGAGAGAACAAGGUCUGGUACAUGGACAGCUACCACAACAACCGCUUCGUCCGCGAGUACAAAUCCAUGGCAGACUUCAUGAACACCGACAACUUCACCUCCCACCGCCUCCCUCACCCUUGGUCAGGCACGGGACAAGUGGUCUACAACGGCUCCAUCUACUUCAACAAGUACCAGAGCCACAUAAUCAUCAGGUUUGACUUGAAGACGGAGACCAUCCUCAAGACGCGCAGCCUGGAUUACGCUGGCUACAACAACAUGUACCACUACGCCUGGGGGGGCCACUCGGACAUCGACCUCAUGGUGGAUGAGAACGGGCUGUGGGCUGUCUAUGCCACCAACCAGAACGCAGGCAACAUUGUCAUCAGCAAGCUGGACCCCAACACCCUGCAGAGCCUCCAGACCUGGAACACCAGCUACCCGAAACGCAGCGCCGGGGAAGCCUUCAUCAUCUGCGGCACCCUCUACGUCACCAACGGCUACUCGGGGGGGACCAAGGUGCACUACGCCUACCAGACCAACGCCUCCACCUAUGAGUACAUCGACAUCCCCUUCCAAAACAAGUACUCACACAUUUCCAUGUUGGACUACAACCCCAAGGAUCGGGCCCUCUAUGCCUGGAACAAUGGGCACCAAAUACUUUACAACGUCACCCUCUUCCACGUCAUCAGGUCUGACGAGUUGUAG